AAAAUGUAAUACAUCUGUCAUUUUAUCUGACAGGAAGAAGUGUCGUGUUGUGGGCUUAUAAAUAAUUAAGUAAAAUCAAAUUUUACAUAAAUUAAUGAAUUGAUUUGUAUAGUCGAUUUAUAAAAAAAUGCGCGCCCUAUUUAUUAAUAUUUGAAAACAAAUUUUUGUACGUUGCGACAAUUUCUGAAAUAAUUUUCAGAAACAUGGUUUCAACUAAGAUGCAGUCGUCAUUAGACGAUUUAGUACAAUAUACUCAACUAUUUAAGCCAAUGGCAACGGUUCUGCAAGGAACUAUAUUGCCUUUCUUAGUAAUAUAUCCAGUGGUAUUUUAUUUUUGGAUUGUUGUAUAUGGUUUUGAAGAAAACUUUGAGGCUGGUUUCGUGAGUGUCGCCGUAGUAGCAAUUACACAAAUUCUUAUUUGCCUCUGCUGCUACUGGAGUGUUCACAUACAAUGCUUCUUAUCUUGUACAGCUGUAAAAGAUCCCAUACAAGCUGAAAUUGUAAAAGUUGUUCCAACAUCUAAUAAUGGGUUCUCAGAAAUUGUAAAACUUCAUCAUACAAAGUCAACUACAAAAGGAAAUCUUAAUCCUGAUGUCUGGUUUGUAUUUCAAAAAAGUAAAUAUGUUUAUGACUGGGAUAAGAAAGUGUUCCACACAAUUGUAUUUCCUGUUAAUAAAACAUAUGAAGAGUAUAUGGAAUCUAAAGGUUAUCUGGAUGAUGAGUCUAUUGAUGUUGCAGAAAAAACUUAUGGCAAAAAUGAAAUGAUAAUGGUUGUACCAGAAUUUAUGGAACUAUUCAAAGAAAGAGCAACAGCACCAUUCUUUGUCUUUCAAGUAUUUUGUGUAGCUCUUUGGUGUUUGGACAAAUAUUGGUAUUAUUCUAUAUUUACACUUGUGAUGCUUGUAAUGUUUGAAUGUACUUUGGUUCAGCAACAAUUGAGAAAUAUGGCUGAAAUACGAAAGAUGGGCAACAAGCCAUAUAACAUUAAUGUGUAUAGAAAUCGAAGAUGGCGACAAAUUAUGAGUGAUCAAUUGUUACCUGGUGAUAUAGUUUCUCUUACUAGAUCUCAUAGUGACAAUUUAGUUCCUUGUGAUAUACUACUUUUAAGAGGAUCUUGCAUAGUUGAUGAAUCUAUGCUAACUGGAGAGAGUGUACCACAAAUGAAGGAAGCUCUUGAUAAUGAAAAGAACCUUAAAGUUAAUUUGGAUCCCGAAGGAGAGGGAAAAUUGCAUAUGUUGUUUGGAGGCACAAAGAUUGUACAACACUCAUCACCAAAUAAAAAUAUCACAUCAGGGUUAAAGGCUCCGGAUAAUGGUUGCAUUGGCUACGUUAUACGUAACGGAUUCAAUACAUCACAGGGUAAACUUCUAAGAACAAUAUUAUUUGGAGUCAAGCGGGUAACGGCAAAUAAUCUGGAGACAUUCGGUUUUAUUUUAUUCUUGCUGAUUUUCGCAAUCGCAGCUGCUGUUUACGUUUGGAUAAAGGGCUGUGAAGAUCCAGAAAGGAAUAGAUACAAAUUGUUUUUAGAAUGCACUCUGAUAUUAACCUCGGUAGUGCCACCUGAACUUCCUAUUGAAUUAUCUCUCGCUGUGAACACCUCGUUACUAUCACUGUCAAAGUUAGCAGUUUUCUGUACGGAACCUUUUAGGAUACCUUUUGCCGGCAAAGUGGAAAUUUGUUGUUUUGAUAAAACUGGCACAUUAACAAGUGACAAUUUAGUAGUAGAAGGUGUUGCUGGUAUUGCAGGUCACACAGAUGCUACUGUUAUACCUUUAACAGAAGCACCAAUAGAAACUAUACAAGUUUUAGCAUCUUGUCACUCUCUAGUACAACUCGAUGAUGGUGUGGUCGGUGAUCCAUUAGAAAAAGCAACAUUAAAAGCUGCAGAAUGGAAUCUAACAAAAGGCGAUGCUGUAGUACCUAAGAAAGGUAAAUCGCCUGGUUUCAAAAUAGUACAUAGAAAUCAUUUCUCGAGUGCUUUGAAAAGAAUGUCUGUAAUUGCUGGAUACCAAAUAAAUGAGCGAGGAUUCAUUGAUACACAUUAUAUUAGUAGCGUCAAAGGUGCGCCUGAGACAAUAAAAACUAUGCUAAAAGAGGUUCCUAGUCACUAUGACAAUGUUUAUUUGACCUUAUCUCGAAGAGGAGCGCGUGUUCUUGCGUUAGGUUACAGAAGUUUAGGAAAAUUGACUUCUCAAGAAAUUAGAGACUUAUCCAGAGAAGAUGUAGAGAGUGAUUUGACCUUUGUUGGGUUUGUUAUCAUUUCAUGUCCGUUAAAAAGUGACUCAAAGAAAGCUAUCGCUGAAAUUGUUAAUGCAUCUCAUUCAGUCGUUAUGAUCACCGGUGAUAAUCCAUUGACAGCCUGUCAUGUUGCCAAAGAAUUGAAAUUUACACAAAAAGAUGAAGUUCUUAUUUUGACCGAAAAGAAUGACGACUGGACUUGGAAAUCUAUUGAUGAUAAUAUUGUUUUACCCGUAAGCAAUCAAUCAGAGAAGGAAUUGAUUAAAAAAUAUGAUCUGUGCAUUACUGGAGAAGGUCUUACAUUCCUUAAUGAACAUUACCACGACCUUAUGAUUAAAUUAAUGCCGCAUAUAAAAGUGUUUGCGAGGUUUGCACCUAAACAGAAAGAAUUUGCAAUCAUUACUCUAAAAUCCUUAGGUUACGUGACUUUGAUGUGUGGAGAUGGUACAAAUGAUGUCGGUGCUUUGAAACAUGCUGAUGUGGGUGUGGCAAUUUUGGCAAACGCCCCGGAGCGUGCGCGGGAGAAGGCCCGUGAGAAGGUCCGCGAGGAGCGUACUCCGGAGCCGGAGCCCCCGCGGCGGGCGGGAGGUCCGCGCGCAGACCCGAGGGCGGAGGCGCGCGCCGAGGCCGCGGCCAGGCUGCGCAGAGCUAUGAAGAAGUUGGAAGAAGAGGACCAACCUCAGCUGGUUAGGUUGGGCGACGCCAGUGUCGCGGCGCCCUUCACCAGCAGGCUAUCCAGCAUACUUUGCAUAUGCCACAUAAUAAAGCAGGGCCGGUGCACGCUGGUGACGACGCUGCAGAUGUUCAAGAUCCUGGCGCUAAACGCGCUGAUCCUGGCGUACAGCCAGUCCGUGCUGUACCUGGACGGCAUCAAGUUCAGCGACACGCAGGCCACGCUGCAGAGUUUACUGCUCGCCUCCUGCUUCCUCUUUAUAUCACGCUCCAAGCCGCUGAAGCAGCUGUCGCGGCGGCGGCCGCUGCCCAACAUCUUCAACAUGUACACGAUAAUGACGGUGCUGGCGCAGUUCGCGGUGCACUUCCUCUGCCUCGUGUACCUCGUGCGCGAGGCCGCGCUGCGCUCGCCCGACAGAGAGGUGAAGCCGAAGCUGGACAUGGACCUGCAGGAGGAGGAGGAGCGCCAGUUCGCGCCCGACCUGCUCAACAGCACCGUCUACAUCAUCUCCAUGGCGCUGCAGAUCUCCACCUUCGCUAUUAACUACAGGGGCGAGCCGUUCAUGGAGGGUCUGCGGGACAACAAGCCGCUGCUGUACAGCGUGGCGCUGUCGGCGGGCGCCGUGCUGGCGCUGGCGGCCGGCGCGCUGCCCGACCUCAACAACGUCUUCGAGAUCGUCUACUUCCCGCCGGACUACCGAGUGAUAUUAAUACAAGUGCUGAUAGCGGACAUGUUGUUCGCCUACCUGGCGGACCGCGCCUGUCUCUGGCUCUUCGGCGAGGGCCGUGCGCACUCCCCCGCCUAGUGCGUGCUGCCCGCCUAGUGCGUGCUGCCCGCCUAGUGCGUGCUGCCCGUGUAGUGCGUGCCGCCCGUGUAGUGCGUGUCGCCGCUCAACAAGUGCAUUUAUAAAUAAUGUGAAUGUGACCCGUAUUCUGAGAUAGUUAUUGAAUAAAAUGUAUUAGUAAAUUAUUUAUGUGUUGUCUUGUUUAACUUCGAUUAACGGAUAUUAUAUAAAUAAAUGGAUAAGGCACUAUA